AUGCUUCUCGACGAAGAUCCUGCGACUCUCAUCCGCCACACAAUUGGCAAUUUUAAUAUUGUUCCCGAUAAAUCUGCUGUUGCGCGCAUCAAUGAAUCUCUAUCAACUUUGCAACAAGCUCGAGAUCUCAGAGUACGGGAAGCAGAGGGCGCAUUAAAAAAACUAUCGAGAAACUUAACUAUCCUCAACAACAAUCAUCUCGAGACCGUUUCCGCCCAUUCCCCAACUGCACACGCUUCCGAAAUAGCUACUUUAGAUACACAAAAGUUUCGUAUUGCGAAAGCAGCUAGUGACCUAGAGAUAGAAUCUGAACGUCUCUCGUCGCAGCUUGCAGAUCUUCAGGCCCGCUUGCAAGAAUUGGAACAACAGGGUAUGGAAGGAGGAGAGAACGUAAAGAGAGGCCAGGUAGAUGAUGAGAUUAGUCUCAAAUUGAAGGUCUAUAGAGGGCUAGGGAUUGAUAUUGAGAGAGACAGAGAAAGUGGGGAAUACUCCAAGGCUAUUAUCCGAAAUGGGAAGAAAGGAGAUGUACAUGUGGUGAACAUGGAUGCUAAAUUCUCGAAGUUUUUCUACGCGAAUUACUUUUGGCAGACUUUGUAGGGAUGAGACGGAUGGGAUGGAUUGGUUGAGUGAUGAUGUUAAUGAUUUGGAGAGAUUUCUGGAGUUGGUUUGGAGUUCUGGUGCUAGGAUCAUUGGGUAUUGCAUUGACUUGCAGAUGAAAUAUGGCUGAUGCCACGAUCAGCAGAUGAAGAGCUGUAUGAAAUCUAUGAACAAUAAUCAGAUGUAUAAACACUAUACAAAAUAUGUACCGCAAAG